GCCCCGCCCGCCCCUGGCUCCGCGGCCCCGGCUCGCACGCAGCGCAGGGAAGGGGAGGGGAGCGCAGGGGAGGGGAGGGGCGGGCGGCGCGCAGGGCCGAGACUCCGGGCCGCGGGCCAAGCCGACCUGGGUCACAAUUUGGGUUUGUAGCAAAAAUGCUUUCAGAACAGACAGCUGCCCUGGAGACAGGAUGGGAGUCAAUGAAUGCCCAGCUGGAUGGACCAGAGCCCCAGGUGGGAAGGCGAAGUCAGGAAGAGAGGCCAUGGAGAACAGCACCAGGGCCACUGGAACACCUGUGCUGUGACCUGGGAGAGGAACCACAGUCCCUUCAGGAGAAAGCAGCUCCGUCGGCUCCCUGGGUUCCUGCUGUUCCCCAGGAGGGGAGCACCGGAGACUGGGAGAUGGCAGCUGCGCUCCUUGCGGCCGGAUCACAGGGCCUGGUAACCAUCAAGGAUGUGUCACUGUGCUUCUCUCAGGAGGAGUGGCGGAGCCUGGACCCUUCUCAGACAGACUUUUAUGGAGAAUAUGUCAUGCAGGAAAACUGUGGCAUAGUGGUGUCUCUAAGGUUUCCAAUUCCAAAACUGGACAUGCUUUCUCAGCUAGAAGGAGGGGAAGAACAAUGGGUCCCAGACACCCAGGACAUGGAAGAGAGGGACAUCUUAAAGGUGACAUAUACAGGAGAUGGAAGUGAGCACGAGGGAGACACCCCCGAAUUAGAAGCAGAGCCUCCCAGAAUGUUAUCUAGUGUGUCCGAAGAGACUGUUCUCUGGAACCCAGAGCAGGAUGAGAGCUGGGAUGCUCUGCCCAGAAGCUCCAGAGGCAUGUUCCUCGGUCCACCUUUUCUUCAGGAAGACAGCUUCUCCAACCUCCUGUGUAGCACAGAGAUGGAUUCCCUGUUAAGACCGCACACGUGUCCCCAGUGUGGAAAACAAUUCGUGUGGGGCUCCCACCUCGCCAGGCACCAGCAAACGCACACGGGGGAGAGGCCCUACAGCUGCCUCAAGUGUGAGAAGAGCUUUGGGCGAAGGCACCACCUGAUCCGACACCAGAAAACCCACCUGCACGACAAGCCCAGCAGAUGCUCCGAGUGCGGCAAGAAUUUCCGAUGUAACUCCCAUCUGGCCAGCCACCAGAGGGUGCACACAGAGGGCAGGCCCUGCAGAGGCCAAGAGGGCGAAGAGUGCCCCGGGGCUCAGAAGCAGCAGCGCACCCCUCCAGUGCCAAAAUGCCACGUGUGCACGGAGUGCGGGAAGAGCUUUGGCCGGCGCCACCACCUGGUGAGACACUGGCUGACCCACACCGGCGAGAAGCCCUUCCAGUGCCCACGCUGUGAAAAGAGCUUCGGCCGCAAACAUCACUUGGACAGGCACCUGCUCACCCACCAGGCACAAAGUCCCCGCAGCAGCUGGGACCGAGGGACAUCUGUCUUUUGAAAUGUGUUUCUGCUGCAGCUGUGGUCACAUCUACCAGCUGGUGCUACCAGGAGUCUCUUUAAGAGCAGAGUUGACCAUCUCUUCUGCCCUAGUGGCCUGAAUCAUGACCCCUGGGUCCCAUCCUAGAAAGAUGAGGCUUCAGCAUCGGGCUUUUCAGUCCUGUGAGAUAACAUAUGAAAUCAACCCCCCACCCCCACCCCAUCCCCCCGGCAAGGUGUUGCAUACCACAUGGGCCGACACUCAGCCUAAGCCCGUUUUCAAGGGUACACAGUGACAGUACCAGUUUAUGGCUGAGGUCCAUUGUGUCUGGGUGGAGCCUAUGUCACCCUGGUUGUUAAAUAUUCUGAGUUCUCACCCUGUUACACUCUCUUUGGAAAGGCCAGACUAAUAUAUUCAAGUCUCCAGAGGCUUAUCCAGUAAAACAAACUGUUAAGCCUCCUAUGUAAUGUUUCCUAAACUUAGUUUUUAAAAUUUUUUUUAAUUAUAUUUAUUUAUAUAUUGGAUAGAGACAGCCAGAAAUCAAGAAAGAAGGGGGUGAGAGAGAGAGAAAAAGAGACCUGCAAAAUGCUUCACCUCUUGCAAAACUUUCCCCCUGCAGGUGGGCUAAAUAAACUUAAUUGACCACAGUAAACUUUCUAUCUCACAUCUCACAGAACUGGUGACUGUGAAUUAUACUCUGGCGAACAUGGGGUUUGAAAGUAAUGAAGAAACAGCAAAGAGAUAAGAGCUGGACACAUAGAGCUCCCCUUCUUAUUUAUCCAAAUGAAGACCGAGGAGCAGAUCUCAUUCCUAUGUAAUUCUGUCGCUCUUACUCCAGUCAUCCGAAUAUACAUCCAAACCUCUCACCCCUCAUUUGCUAAAAAACAGAAAUAACCUUUUCAUCCCUUUAUUCCUUUGCCUUCCCUCCUGCACACACACAUAUAUUCAGCUGAGAGAUACCAUUACACUACCGAGAUGGAUCUGAUACCCCCAAGUAACCCAGGCCCACACAGAAGAAAUAACCUCUACCCCUUGAGCAGGCCCAUCUCUGGACUGGCUUUUUUAUGUGUCCGUGUUUAUCUGUGCGCAGGGUCUUUGAAGAGAACAUGCAAAGUGCAAGCUGUACAAGCUGGGUUUUCUAGAGGCUGUGUUCUGGGCAUGAAGGGAGUGGGGCUUACGUGAGACUUUGUUUUGUUUCAAAAUAGAAAGUGAACAGCAGUGCUUUAAGGGAGCCCUAGCAGGGUAAAGGGUUACAUUAUAGGAAUUGAGGUGUGAAGUUUUCCUCAGUAUUAUUAAAGAUCAAGGUGUGUGUGUGUGUGUAGAUCUGAAUCUCUGGGCCACAGAAUUUUUUUUUUUUUUUUGCCUGGGAGGAGAAAGAGCUCCUCAGGUGAACUGUUUCUUGUAUAUUUCAGCAAGGUUUCUGUAGAAGCUUUGUGCUACGUGUCUUUUCUUGUCUUAAGUGCUGGGAAGUUAAGCCAAGAAUCACAGUGCUUGCAAGUUGUCACUCUUGUUUGACCUUGAUUGUGUCAUCAAGGGACCUGAGGCUUCCAUUCUCCCAGAGUCAGAACUUUAGGGGAAACUGCUAUGGUUGAGCGUUUUAGUUGAUGCAGGCUCGUGAGCUUCCCAGAUGGUUUUCUGCCCAACUCCAGGACUUGCAUAAGUGUUCUAGCAUCUGUUCGCUGAGGAAUUGGUUAUUCUCUCUCUCUUUAUUGAUGUUAAUACCAGUUUUAUAAUUUUAAUGUAAGCAGUUUGGGGCUAGGGAGGGAGAGGAGCAAAGAGAAUUGAAGUGGAAAUAUGUUCUCUUUAAUGCUGAGAUUCUGGUGUUGCCCUAACACACUCAUUUCUUAACCACAGUUGGUGGAGUUAACCAGAGAGGCAAAACAAAGUGAGUUGCAAUGAUCCAUUUUAAUUACUAUUCCAUUUGCUUGGGGGAAAAAUUGGGUGAGUCACAACUCUUGAGACCUGGACGACCCCCCCCCCCCCAGUGGAGCAGAAAAUGUGAUGGUUUUGCUGACAAGACUUCUUAGAACAAAUAACCUUUUAACUUGAGCAGCCCAGCCCCUACCUCCCUCCGCUGCUCAAAGCAGUCAUAUUUCUUUGCCUGAAAUACACUUCUCUUGUUUAUGUUUCUAUGAAUGAAGCAAAAACGGUCAACCCUUUGUAAGGUGGCCUAGUCCUGGGUCCUCGGAGACAGGAGCAUUUUUGGAGCAGUACUGGGAGAUGUUCCAGGGAACGGGAAAGUAUAGGGUUUCAGUGGUAAAGCUAGACUGUGCCAUCCAUCUCUUUCAUCCUCCCAUAAUGCCUCUCUCACUAAUGCAAAACAGAUUAGCAUAAGCAGUGGUUCAGAACCUAUUUUGGAUUAUAGACCCUCCUGAGAAGCUGAUUAAAACCAGAACUCCACUGUGGAGAAGAACAGAUAGCAGUUCACUCAGCUUUUGUAUACACAUUUAUCAGAUCCAGAGCCCAUUCAUGAAACCCCAAAACUGACAUCAAAGGAAAGGAGUUACCAUGACCCAAUUUUGUCACUCUCCAUUAUUGUCAAGAAUUACAAGACAAAGGUCUCUAAGUAUAUUAAGGACUAAGAUACCAGAGGCAGUAGAGUUUAAGGACAGAGUCUGGUCUUUAAUGACUAGAAAGUUACUGCUUACGUUCUAUUUUAUGUGUACAAAAAAAAAAAAAGGGACACGCUGACAAGCCUGGCUUCUCACAAACCUUGUUUAAAGUCUUGUGGAAUGUGACUGUCCUUGCUAUCAGAUGGCAGCUCUUAAAACCACACACUGACCUCCAGCCUUUGAUCUGUUCUAGUAAAUGUAAGGCUAGAAAUGGAAGCCUCUCAAGUAUAAGAGCAGUUAUUGCACUCAACUAAAAGGCACCAUAAACUUUUAAGGGCAAACCCUUCCAGCCAUUUCUGUUGUACCACUGUCUUCUCUACCUCGGCCCAAUACCACUUUCCUUGGACAGAAAUAAAUAAAUAAAUAAAACAUUUAACAGCCAUCAAACGGA